CAAUUAGGUCUUUGCUAUCUGGUCUUUGCGUUACAUUCGUGGCGAGCUUACCUGGUCGGCCGUCGCGAUGCUUCACCUUCACUCCCUGGUCCACCGCCAUGCGCUCCUUCCAUCGAUCCAACUCCGUCGCCUCUUCUUCUCCACCGGCGCUUCCGCCUCCUCCUCAGUCGGCACCGCUUCUCCCGAUCCCAACUUCCUGGUCGAGUACCUCAUGAAUGCAUGCGGGUUCUCCGCCGACGAUGCUUCCAAGGUCUCCAAGUCGUUCCCCCGUUUUCGUUCCGCCGAGAAGGCCGACGCCGUUCUUGGAUUUCUGAGAUCUCAGGGCAUUGAUGGAGCUAAUCUCAGAAAGAUAAUAUCUUCGAAGCCAGGAUUUCUCUGCAGGGAUGUGGAGAACAGUCUCGCUCCAAAGUUUAAAAUUUUGCGCGACAUGGGGUUAUCUGAGUCCGACAUCGCCAAUGCGGUUUUGCGGCAUCCCGUCAUUCUUUCCCUCAACGUCCAGAACACGCUUCUCCCCAGAUUGAAGGUUUGGGAAAGUUUAUUUGGAUCGAGGGAGAUCCUCUUCAGACAACUCCGGAGCUGCAAUAGGUUUAUGAGCACCAGCAUUAAGAAUGUGAAUCCUGAAUCCCUCCGGGCUUUGGUUGAUAGAGCUGAGGGGAUUGGAAUUCCCCGGAAAUCUAAGAUGUUUCUCUGGAUCCUUGAUGCGCUGUACAGGGUCAGCAAGGAAAAAUUUGAGGUCCAAGUAAAGCUCAUGCACAGCUUUGGUUGGUCGAACUCGGAUUUCACUGCUGCAUUCAAGCAACGUCCUACCUUUUUAUGGCGUUCCACAGAGGCAUUGCAGAGGAAGAUGGAAUUUUUUAUCAAGGAUGUUGAACUUAAACCUUCUGAGAUUGCUAAAAACCCAACCGUUUUAGCAUUCAGUUUGGAAAAGAGGUUAAUACCUCGAUUUCAAUUGAUGAAGAUAUUGAAAUCUGAAGGGUUAUGGACUUCAAAAACCAAGCUACAUAGAUUUUUCGCAUUGCCUGGUCCAAAAUUCUUGCAGACCUUUGUUCUCCCUUACAAAGAUAAACUCCCCAAGCUUCUUGAUCUCUCGUGAGCUGUAGCUGAGUUCAAGGGGAAUAAACCAAACUGCAAAUGAAUGCAAGGAUUUAUUUCAGGAUGUUAUUUUGUUACUUACAAGCAAUGAUAUUGAACCGAUUUUUAUUGUAGUUUUUCAAGUUCCUUUUUGCAACCUGAUUAAGUUGACGAUUUGUUUUAGGAACUUCUCAGGUGAAAUCCUGAUGAACAGAUAUUUAAGAAUGAUCAGAGUCAGAUGUAUGCUGCACUACACUGCCCAUCUGCCAAAGUUAUGGAGAAACCAUUUUUCUUUCUAAUUAA